AAUCUAUUUUUCUCUUUGUCUAUGAAUCUUUUGUGGGUUGUCUAUUCUAACUGUCUAGAUUGUAAUCCAAAUGGUGAAAUCUCAUAAUUCUGAAAAUAUUUUUCAUUUUUAAGUCCUAAAUAUUUGAUCUAUCAGAAAUAAACAACAAGUCAGAUAAAACAAAAUGACUUCUUUUCUGCAUAGUAUAUUUGUGCAAAAGCCAAAAUUCUUAGGAACAAAAACUGGUUUUUCCAAUGUAGUAAGACUGGUACAUGGAAAAGUAGAAGCUUCCAGCCAUAAGGUAGACAAAUUGGAAAAAAGAUUUUUGGUGUGGACUGGAAAAUACAAGAAAAUUGAGGAUGUACCUAAUUUUGUGAGCCAGAGCACUAUAGAACGAGCUAGGAAUCGAAUGAGAAUAAGAAUUGCGAAUUAUAUGAUGCUAGCAACGGCUGUCGGUUGCAUAAUAAUGAUUUACAGUGGUAAACAGGCAGCGAAAAGAGGAGAAAGCGUACAAAAGCAGAACAUAGAAUGGCACAGAAAAAUUAAAGAGGAGGCAAAAGCAGAAUAAGCUAGACACUUGUAUUUGCCAAUAUAAUCACUGUAUAUAAUCGGUUGUGUAUUCAAUUAGAUAUUGUAGAUAAUAAAGUCGUCUGAAAUAUUUUUUCAAUAGCAAA